UCGCGAUUUUAUCAAAUAAAGCAUAGUUUAUUGAUGUUGUUAUCUGUCAGUGUCUGUAUUUUUGCAAGUGUGUGUGUAUGUGUGUCGGGGAAAGAGAGAGAGAGAGAGAGAGAGAGAGAGAAAGGGAGGGAGUAAGAGAGAAAAUGUAGGUUCUACGUCAUACCAUAGUUUUAUCAAGUUUUUUUUUUGUUGCGAUAAUAAAAUCAGUAGGGAAGAAGUUCAUGUAACAUACGACUUGACGUCAGUCUUCGCACCAAAAAUAAGUUAGUAUUAUUCUAUUUAUUUUGAAUUCGCACUUUGAAAAUCUAUAAAUAUGGCUAGAAAAAAUAGUGCAGCAGUACUUCACGGUAUCAAUGAUUUACGUAUUGAGCCAGUGGAUAUUGUAGAACCGAACGAUAAUGAAGUCCUUCUGAAAAUGGCAAGCGUUGGCAUAUGUGGAUCAGAUGUUCAUUACUUAGUUCAUGGAAGAAUUGGUGAUUUUGUAGUAGAUCGUCCUAUGAUAAUUGGACAUGAAUCUUCAGGAACUGUUAUUCAGCGUGGAAAAAAUGUAAAACAUUUAAAUGUUGGCGAUCGAGUAGCUAUUGAACCUGGAGUACCGUGUAGAACAUGUGAAUUUUGCAAAAGUGGUCAUUACAACUUAUGUCAAGAGAUACAGUUUUGUGCUACACCGCCAGUUCACGGAAGUUUACGAAAAUUUUAUACACAUGCAGCUGACUUCUGUUACAAAUUACCAGAUCAUGUAUCACUCGAAGAAGGAGCCUUACUUGAGCCUUUAUCUGUUGGAGUACACGCAUGUAAAAGAGCUGAAGUUGGAAUUGGCUCAAAUUUAUUAAUUUUGGGUUCAGGUCCAGUAGGUCUUGUAACUCUUGUAGCAGCGAAAUGCAUGGGUGCCAAAAAAGUAGCAAUUGCAGAUUUGAUGGAAUACAGACUAGAUCUUGCUCGUAAAUUAAAGGCUGAUGUUGUAUAUCCCAUUGUUAAUACCAAUACAGAACAAGAAAACGUUGAUAAUAUUAGUAAACUUAUGGAAUGCCAACCUGACAUAACAAUAGAUGCUUCUGGUGCAGAAUCUUCAAUACGGCUGGCCAUCCGUAUUACUAAAGCUGGGGGAAAAGUUGUUUUAGUUGGAAUGGGUAAACCUGAAAUGAAUAUACCACUAGGUGAUGCUCUUGUAAAAGAACUUGAUAUAAGAGGAGUUUUUCGUUAUGUCAAUGACUAUUCAGAUGCCUUGGAUUUAGUAUCAACAAAAAAUAUUAAUUUAGGGACAAUCGUUACCCACAGAUAUAAAUUUGAGGAAACUUCGCAGGCUUUCGAUACUGCUAAAUCAACUCAUUCUGGUGCUAUUAAAGUUAUUAUUAAUCUUGAUUAAUCAAUGAUUUGCUAUUUAAAGCUGUAUGAAAUAGAAUGAAAAACGUAUGUAAUGAUGUAAAAUCAAAUAAAGUAGCAAACAAACUUUCAAUUA